CUGAAUCGCUCCCAAAGCUGCGCCCGGAGUUGAAACGAAGCUCCCCCAAUGCAAAAGAUUCCCGUCCAACAUUUCUUGUCCCUUUCGGCUCGCGUAUAAAAGUUGUCCGCCAGAUCAUUUUCAUCGGCGGGAAGCACUUGAAGGUCUUCUCAGUUCUCAUCUCCUUCUGCUCCUGCAAUGGCUGCCUCCAGACUCCUCAGACCGGCCUCAAGGCUGCUGUCCCAACGGACUGCCAUUCCCUCAUCCAUCCGUCCUUCAUUCAGACAAGCCGCUCCCCUCUCACUUCCAACGAUACGCGGGUAUGCCUCAGAGUCGAACCAGACCUUCACGGUCCGAGAUGCGCUCAAUGAAGCUCUCGCAGAGGAGUUGGAAUUGGAUGACAAAGUCUUCGUCAUGGGCGAGGAAGUUGCCCAGUAUAAUGGUGCCUACAAGGUGACCAAGGGGCUUUUGGACAGAUUCGGGCCGAAGAGAGUGAUUGAUACACCCAUCACCGAAUCUGGAUUCUGUGGUUUGGCCGUUGGCGCAGCUUUGGCCGGCCUCCAUCCUGUCUGCGAGUUCAUGACGUUUAACUUCGCCAUGCAAGCCAUUGACCAGGUCAUCAACUCCGCAGCCAAGACACAUUACAUGUCGGGCGGUAUCCAACCCUGCCCUAUUGUUUUCCGUGGCCCCAACGGAUUUGCGGCUGGUGUAGCUGCGCAGCAUUCACAAGAUUAUUCUGCUUGGUACGGAAGCAUCCCAGGCCUCAAGGUUGUAGCACCAUGGUCUGCAGAGGAUGCAAAGGGUUUGUUGAAGGCAGCCAUCAGAGAUCCCAACCCGGUAGUUGUUCUCGAGAACGAACUUCUCUACGGACAAGCAUUCCCUAUGAGCGCCGAAGCACAGAAGAACGACUUUGUCAUUCCCUUCGGCAAGGCUAAGAUCGAACGCCCUGGCAAAGACCUGACCAUUGUCACCCUUUCACGCUGCGUUGGACAAUCAUUGGAGGCAGCAGACGUGCUCAAGAAGAAGUACGGCGUGGAAGCAGAGGUCAUCAACCUACGAUCAGUAAAACCUAUGGAUGUUGAAGCCAUCAUCAAAUCAGUCAAGAAGACAGGUGCUUUGAUGGCAGUCGAGUCUGGUUUCCCGGCGUUUGGCGUCGGUGCCGAAAUUCUGGCGUUGGCUGUCGAGUAUGGCUUCGACUACCUUCAGGCGCCUCCUGUUCGCGUGACGGGUGCCGAAGUUCCGACGCCGUACGCACAAAAGCUGGAGGAGCUGGCCUUCCCUCAAAUUGACACCAUCACCAACUACGCCGCCAAGCUCUUGAGGGUGUAAAGGCACGGGAUCUCAGGGCUUCAAAAGGAGCAUUCUGGAUGUGUUAUUAGCGAACGCGUUUUCAAACCUGGUGGAGAAUCUGGAUCUGGUCUGGUUUGGGUUGCUGUUGAGUGGCUACCACAUGGUCGCCGGCAAUUGUUAUAAUUUCAGCUUCAGCUAGUCCCAUGUAUUGCAUGAACCGGUGGUAUGACACGAAAAGACUUCUGACGCAUAUUGCUUUGUCGUACUCCAUAUACUAACAAGAAAACCCAUUGCGGAACGCCACAAGUGAUGGAGAGCUCGCUUGCGAGUGCAACUUUCCAAUGACAGGGCAGCAGUUGGUACCACUAAAAAGAAUAUACUGAUAUGUAUGCUCAAUCUGGCGACAGGAGGUCGAGGGCUUUUCGUAUUCGUGGUUGCACAGAAUAUCCAGAUAUUGUCACCAGCCCCUGACAACCAGCGCCUUGGGAUCGAAAGUGAUACAAGACUUGCAUACAAGAUCAGCUCGGCCAAUGCGAAUGAGUAUUAUUGAAGCUCGAAUCUGUCAAGCACAUGGCGAGUUGGAUGCUAAGCCGGUGAUGCCGGGGCUGCGAACAAACAAGAUGGGCCUAGACCUUCUUCAACCUCACCAUCGACUUCACACCAGUGGGCCUUCA